AUGAUUCAGUAUCUCCCUCCCACCACCACCACAGAAACAAGCAACAAAUUUGCUAUUGAAGGCAGAACGAAUGGAGUCAGUGGAAAAACAAAACCAGUAAAGAGUGAAGGGAAAUUUAUAUCACAGAUAAAGAAAAAUCUCACUCAAGGCAAAGAACAGGAAGGAGAGCAAGAGAACUGUGGGUCAGGAUUUUCCAAGAACCGCCCCACCAAAACCACAGAAAAAACAAAGUCCAAUAGCUCCUCAGUAUUUAGUCGACUCAGCGAACCAACUAUCAGUAGUGCCAAGAAAUCAGUGAAAGCUGUUGAAACUGCAAAACCAAACACCAGCAAGGGGAGUAAACCUACCCCUGGGAGUGUAAAAGAUAGCCCAAAGCCAUCAGCUGCCAAAGAAAAUGUGGUGACUAAAAAACAGCCACCACCUGUAGCAGAGAAACCAAAGAAGAGCUCAGAGAAAGAGGUGACUGUUGAGAAUCUAAAGAAAACCAACCAAUCAGGUGUCAAGGGUGAACAAGAAAAGACCAAAGAGGAAGUCAAAUGUACAGAAGAAAACACUGACGAGGCUGAGGUAGAAUACCCAGAAAUCCUUGAAUUUAAUCGUGAGCAAGCUCGAGAAGAGGAAGAAAGGGCACAUUUAGAGGUUCAGAGUGCUAAUGAGGAAGUAAGGAAAGAUUUAGGUGAACCUUCAUUAAACCAGUACCUUACUUUGAAAAAUAACAUAUUUGAGGAUCAAGAGUCCACUUUUUGCACCUUAGACAUAAACGGUGAAAUGGCCACUGCUGCAAUAGAUCCCCAGGAAGAAGAUGGAUUUCCACAAAACCCAACAGAAUGUAUUGUCAUCUCAGAAAACAAAGUCAAGUAUAUCAACACUAACUUCAAGAAAGUAUCUGCCAAAAUGUAUGACUACAAGUGUGACAUCAAACUCAAGGUUGGAGACCAGAAUUUCAAAGCUCAUCGAGACGUUCUGUCUGAGGCAAGUGACUAUUUCUCUGCCAUGUUUUCACACAAUAUGAAAGAAAAAGGGCAAGAUGAAAUAGAACUAAAAGACAUAAGUCCAAAAGGUUUUUCAGCCAUGCUGGAUUAUUUCUAUCAUGGUCAUGUGACUCUUGAACCAUCCAAAGUGGAGGAGGUUAUAGAAGGAGCUAGGUACUUCCAUGUGGAUUGGCUUUUGGAGGUCAGCUGUGAGUUUCUCAUCCAACAUUUGAGCUUAGAUAACUAUAAUGCUGUGAUGGAGAUUACAGAUAAAUACUACCUUGGUGAUCUUCGAUGGGAUAUUUUCAGAUUCAUUGGUCAAAAUCUUGGUGAACUGACUCAACAGCCAAGUUUCUUUGAAAAUCUCUCUCUAGAACUUCUUUUGCAGUUUCUAAUGGAGAACAUUUACACAGAAGCACCAGAAUUCUACAUUUUGGAUGUUGUGUUAAAAUGGGUAAAAGCAGAUGAAAAAAAUAGGAAAGAACAUCUUCUUUCUCUUUUACGCCAAAUAAGAUUUCAUACGAUGGAAACUGAGGAACUUGAGUCGGUUCCUCCAGAGGUGCUGGAGUUCCCAGAAAUACGUGAGAUAGUUGAGGAUGCCAUGAAUUACAGUCUUAACAUUAUGGGCCAAUGCCUGAAGCGUGGAGAUAUGUAUAAGCAGAGAGGGGCAAGACCAGUAGUUACAAUCCUUGCAUUCACUGAUGAAGCAAAUAUCUUGGUGUAUAGAGAUCCUACCAAGUGUGGUCUUUUUGUGGAGGAAUUAGGGCCUUGUGGGUUGGACACUGCUUCCUACCAAGCCAUGGGUCAAGCAAAAAUUGGCAACUUCUUGUAUGCUGCAGGUGGAUAUGAUGAUAAAUACUGUACUGUAGGAAGAGUCUUCAUGUUUGAUCCAAAGUAUCGAGGCUGGACAGAGGUGGCAUCAAUGAAUGAACCUAGAGUAUCAUUUGCUAUGUGUAACUCUGACAACAGACUGUUUGUGGUAGGCGGAGUCAAUCACACGAUGGAUGAAGAAACAAAAGAGGAAAGUGAGCAAGUUCUAGGAUCAGUAGAGAUGUACAACCCAGAGGACAAUGUCUGGACCAACCUCCAACCAAUGCCUUACAAAUCCUCUGAUCAAGCUGCUGUUUUUGCCAAUGGCUGCCUGUAUGUCUCUGGUGGGAUAAGCUCUGAGCCGGAUGAUCCUGUGCCACUGAACUCUACUUGGUGCCUGAAGGUGGAUGGAUCUGAAGGAUGGGUCCCCAAAGCUAAUAUGCUGAAUGGUCGACAGGGACACAGCAUCACAGCUCUGAGUGGCAAACUUUACACUAUGGGUGGGUACACUGCCAAAGAGGAUCGCAUAACAUUCAAGAAUCAACUAAACUGUGAAGUCUAUGACCUUGAAACAGGACAAUGGACAGAAAUUGCCCCCACUCCUGAGGCCUUUGGACAUUUGUUCCCCUACAGCGAUGCUUUGUUUGAUAAGAUAUUUGUGAUGGGGGGAAUUCAUACCAGUGUUAAUCUGUACAUCUAUGAUCCUGAAAGUGACACUUGGGAGGAAGCAGAUGUAAUUGGACCAAAUGUACAAAAACUUGCCAUCCUGGAUGUAGCUUAUCCUUAUACAUAACAGCUUUCAAUGCAGUAGGAUGAACUAUUUGUCAAUGUGUGUACAUGCAAGUAUCUAAGAUGCUGUUUCACAUAGUGAAUUUUUUGUUGUUUUUGGCAUUAUAUUAGUAGUGAUAGAUUGUGUUUA